AUGUGGGAAAAGAAGGAUGGUGAUGGAAAGGGAAGUGGAAUUCACCACUUCACAAGUCUGAUGGGGUCAGACAAGAAGUUGCUUCUUAGAACUUUGCCGGAUAAAUUACCUGGAGUCAUCAGACCCGAAACAAGUGCAACAGUAGUCAAACUCUGGAAGGUAUUUACUGUAUAUUCAUGUUUAUUUGUUGGAGGAACCAAGCCUCAAUUAAUUAUUUAAAAUAAUAAAUAGAACUUUUUUUUUCUAUUUGUCAAGGACUUUGAUGAACUGUAUAAAAUAUUAGGAUGCCAAAAUCCAACUGAUCAGCAAAUUACAAACUACUUUGCUAAGGUAAGAAAUAAAAUACUGUAAAUUAUGAGUUCUAGUUUGAGAAAUAAUGCCGAAACAACAAUCUCAAGGCAACUAUGGAAUAUGGCAUUGUUGUAAGCGUGAGGUUAUUGGUUGUAAAUUUUGAAUUUAAUUUAUUAAAAGUGGUGUUUUAUUUUCAGGCUGUAGAAUGGAUAACUUUUUUAUCCCUCAGUGGCAAAGCCAUGGGAUAUGAGAAGGAAAGAAUCACACCAUAUAUGCACACAAUGGUGUACCACAUGCCAAAAUUCAUGGAGGUACACAAAGGAAUUAACAAGUUUACAGGACAAGGUAAUAAGACUGUUAAAAAUUAUUUGAUAAUUACCCAAUAUUUUAUUUACAAAGAUUACAUCUUAUAGGAGUCGAAAAGCUAAAUGAUGACUGUCGACGAGUCCAUUUGCAACGGUCCAAUAAGUGGGAUGCAGCUAAAGAUGUUUUUCGGGUUGGAAAGAGAGUGGAACAUCUAGCAGAAUGCGAGAGAACACCCAGAAGAUACCAAAAGCAGAGUGUGUUAGCUUCUGGGAAUCUAAUAUUAAGGAUACAAGAGCAAAGCAUGUUCGUCUUUCUGGUGAGAUUGUUGAAGAUGUUCAAGCGCCAUUUCCUUUUGACAUUUAUACCCUGACAGCCCAUCAGAUUAAAGACAAGUUGAAAGAAAUUGGAGUUACGACACAGUUACGGUGUCUUAAAAAACUAAAAAAGCUUUUGAUUGAAACAAUGAGCAAUAAGGAAAACAAGUUGCCAAAUUGA